ACAGCGUGAAGGUUACAGUGCACUAGCUGUUGUUCCAUGUGUCUUGUGUCGUUAUACGUCAAUCCCAAGGAACCUUUUUAAUAAGAAAAACCUGAAAAUGGCGUUAAAUUUGAUUGUUAAAGUCCAUCCGGUCGUCCUUUUCCAAAUAGUCGACGCUUACGAAAGGCGGAAUGCCGACGCUAAUCGUGUUAUCGGGACGCUCCUCGGUACGGUUGAAAAAGGAGUAGUAGAAGUGACCAAUUGCUUUUGUGUCCCCCAUAAGGAGUAUGAAGAAAUGGUUGAAGCCGAGCUCACGUAUGCCAAGGACCUAUUCGAAAUGAACCAAAAGGUCAACAAACAGGAAAACAUCGUUGGCUGGUGGGCCACUGGAAACGAAGUCACCAGUCACUCGUCCGUCAUUCACGAAUACUACUCGAGAGAAUGUAGCAACCCUGUCCACAUGACUUUAGACACAACGCUUGAAGGAAGUCACAUGGGAAUUAAAUCAUAUCUGAAUGUACCUCUUGGAGUCCCGGGUGGAAAAUUAGGGAGCAUGUUUACACAGAUCCCCGUAGAAAUUAUCUGCUAUGAGCCUGAAAUUGUCGCUUUACGCCAUUGUCAGAAAACGUUACACGACCGUUCGGGCAUCAAACCAGUUUCUGACAUCGCCCAGAUCGCCGAGGCUGCCCAUAAGCUAUCGGAACUGAUUGACGCCGUUCUGACUUAUGUAGAACAAGUCUUGGCCACUAAAGCCCCCGAGGAUAAUGCAGUCGGACGCGCCCUACUCGACAUGGUCCACAGUGUGCCAGCCAUCUCGCCAGAAAUGUUCGAAGAGAUGUUCAAUUCCAACAUUAAGGAUCUUCUUAUGGUGAUUACUCUCUGUCAGCUAACAAAAACUCAGUUGCAGUUCAAUGAAAAAUUGACCUUAAUGACUGUUAAUUUUUAAAUUAUCUACAUCAAUUUUCCUGUAACUCAUUUUUUUCCACAUUCAGCUUUGUACAUCUGUUCAUAUGUUGGUAAUACCAAACUUUGCAAAUAUUUAAAUUGUUUACUUUUCUUUAUCUAAAAGUUAGGAUUGGUAAAUAAGUUAAAAUAUUACAUUUUCCCUCUGUAAAAAAAAAAGAUUUUUAUACAGAAGAUACAGUUUAAUUGUUGUAUAUAAAUGAAUGAUAAAACCAGCUUUUAUUAUUUAA